GAAAAAUGUUACGUUAACAACCGCAUUGGAUUUUGUUUAUCAAUUUAAAACAAAAACCUGAAUGAAAUGUGGACUUGAGAUAGAAAGGGAGCAUAUAUCUGAAAUUAACUAGCAAUUGACAGAGGAGAUACUUUACGAUUACAAGUCAAGGACGAUAUUGUAAAGCAAUGCAGGAACCGGUUUCCAAAUUUUCCUUCGUAAACGCUUUAAUUGCUGGAGGCGUCGCUGGUGUCGUGGUGGACAUAGCUCUGUUUCCCAUUGACACUGUAAAAACCCGACUUCAGAGUGAAUUGGGUUUCUGGCGUGCCGGUGGAUUUCGUGGCAUCUACAAAGGAUUGGCUCCAGCGGCAGCUGGUAGUGCUCCAACGGCGGCUCUCUUCUUCUGUACCUACGAGUGUGGCAAACAGUUCCUAAGCUCAAUUAGUAAUACCAAAAAUUCUCCCUAUGUUCACAUGGCAGCGGCUUCAGCUGCCGAAGUGGUUGCUUGUCUUAUACGCGUGCCCGUAGAGAUUGCCAAGCAACGUUCCCAAACACUUUUGGGACACCAUAACCGACAACAUCAGACGGCAUUUCAAAUCCUUAUGCGUGCCUAUCGUACAGAGGGUCUACGUCGAGGUCUUUAUCGGGGUUUUGGAUCCACAAUAAUGCGUGAGAUACCUUUCAGCUUGAUACAGUUUCCUUUGUGGGAAUAUUUUAAACUACAAUGGACUCCAGUGACCGGUUACGAGUCCUCACCACUGACGGUGGCUCUGUGCGGAGCCGUUGCUGGUGGCAUCUCAGCUGCUGUAACCACACCAUUGGAUGUGGUCAAGACGCGCAUUAUGCUGGCGGAGCGCGACAGUUCGAUUCGUCGAAAAACACCUCAGGGUAUAUUACAUAGCAUAUAUUUGGAAAGAGGUUUUAGUGGGCUUUUUGCUGGCGUUGUGCCGCGCGUUCUAUGGAUCACAUUGGGUGGGGCAUUUUUCUUUGGUUUUUAUGACUUGACAACACGUCUGUUAGGCGCCGCAGAUACUGAUCGUUAAGGAAGUUUCAGUUUUACAUAGUUUUUUGAUUUAUCAUUUACAUUUAGGUACAAUAUGCAUAAAUGAUUAGUCUGUCUCUUAGUUACUAAGGCAAUGAAGACAAUAAAAUGAAAGUGCAAUGUCUUAUUUAGCUUUAAACUAAA